AUGGAGCGCAGGGAGAAACUGAAAAAAGGAGAGCCUGUCGCGCCAAAAGAAAGUAAGGGCAAAACAACGAAUUCUGCGCGGUCAGGAAGACAAGAUUCUAUCGCAGCGAGGACGAGGCAAGAAGCAGCUGCGCGAACCGAUUCUGCGAAUUCCGCGAAACUGCACGAGACCGAGUUGAAAAUUCGGGCGAAAAAAAUGAGGAGGACCUACGAACAACAGCUGGAAUUGGAGCGGAGAGUGGUGCUGGACCAGCUGAAACGGGCGAGAAGCGAGG